AUGGAACGAGCAUCAAUUGAAGCUAUAGUACAACUGGGAGUAAGCGAGAGCAAAGCUAUUGAAGCGUUAACGAAAUUCAAUGGCGAUGUGGAGCGUGCUGCAAAUUUCAUAUAUGAAAAUCUGGAUAAUAUGUUCACUGAUCCUGAAGAAACUCCUGGAUUGGCACCAUUGGGCUCAGAUUCACAAACUAGUAAUUGGGAGGAUAGAGGAGGGGGUAGCGUGUUAGGUUGUUUUGAUAGAACAAAUGAUUCUUCCUCUCUUGAAAAUGAUCGUGAUAUGAAAACAGCGAUGGAAGCCUCCAUGGCUGAUAAAGAAAAUGAAGACCUCCAAAAGGCGAUAGAUAGGAGUAAGACUGACAGUUACGCUGGAGCUCUCAUUCCUUAUAAUGGUGGUGGUUAUAAGCAAAAAGACAAAAGCUUGACACAACCAUUGUUUCACAUUCCUGUCUUUCGCUUGUCUUUGUUGGCAUUUCGUCCGACUAAAGACGAUUGGGGUAAUGUAGAAGGUUAUUGGAAGGGUCAAAAACAUUAUAAUUAUGAUGAUAGGUCUAAAUUUUAUAGUACGAAUCGUCAGGAAUCUUUAAAAUUCAUCCACGAAUUCCAAAAGCUUUUCGGUUUUUUAUCGUUGAGUCAAAGAACGUAUGGUGAUUCAAACUUAUUAAUGGAAGUUUUGGAUUUUGAUGAAAAAAUAAUUUGGAAUGAAGCGGAGGUCGUGUGUAAUUUUACUAAUAAGUUAAUUAACAAACUGAUGGAAGGGUCGUGCUAUCGGAAUACUGGAAGUCUUAAUAUUCCGAUCAAUCUUCAAAAUUAUAUUUUAGAUUUUGAAAAGUUAUUUAGAUCAAAUGCUGAAAAUUUGGAUCCAAAAAAAUAUGGAGAAGUUGCCAAUUUGAUAUCCUUUAAAAUAUAUCCUAGUUGUCUUACAGUUUAUGAUGCGUUGGAUCGCGUAAUGCAAGAAUCAGGAGGGAAUUCGCGUAAACCCUUCUUUACACAACUAGCGCACAUACUAAUCAUGAACUUAAAACAUAAAGAUAAAGAUAGUAAUACUUGUUAUCCUAAUUUUGGAGGGGAAUCAACAUUCCAGGUUCUUAAAGAAUUAUAUAUGGAUCGUUAUAUGUUUGAAAAUAAUGAGUUUAUUGAAACUUGUUGGCAAAAAAUUGAAAUAAUGAAGAAUGAACUCGAAAAAAUAAACCAGAGCAUUGAUAAAAUUAUUAAAUUUCAGGGAAAAUAUAAUGGCCCAGAUUUGCUCAAAGGUUCAAUAGAACAUUUUCAGCAAAAAUGUAAAAAAGCUGAAGAAAAAGGUGCAUCUGAUAAUAAUGCACUUCAAACAAAGGCUUGGUUAGAGAAUUUCUUGGACAAAGUUGAACAAAAAUUGCACGCUUUGCUUGAAAAAAAGGAUGAACUGGAACAUAAAAUUAGACAAAUGUUUGAUAAACCUGAUAUGAAAAAAUAUCAUUAUCGUCUCAAGGCCGUUUUAGUUCAUAAUGGACAACCUGGUCAAGGAAAUUACUGGGCUUAUAUAUGGGUUUCAAGAUGCAGCAAAUCAGAUACUCAUAAUCCAAGUACAAUUGAUAAUGGUAACUGGAUGAAAUUCCAAGAUAAUACCGUGGAAGAGGUAUUGGAAGAUGUGGUGCUUAAUAAACCAGGAGAUUUUUAUUCAAGCCACAGUGUUUACACACUUUUUUAUGUAAACGCAGAAGUUGAUUACAAUUUCACAAACCUCGAGGAUGUUAUUCCUGAUUCUCUCAAGGCGUUUGUAGAAAAAGACAAUCAAAUACUUGAAGAAGAAAUAGGCAAUGAGUUCCGGCAAGUGGAUGCAGAAUUACCAGAUAGCAAUGCUAUGGACAGCACAUGGGAGUCUGAUUCUACCGCUUGUGGUGGAUUAUCUGAUUCAGAAAAGAAUAUUCAAGCUCGUAUUGAUACGAUAACUGAACAAGCAAAUAAUGUUAAAAUUUAUGAUGCAAAAAUUUUGCAAAGAAUAGAAUUCUUUUUUGUUAAGCUCGGUCAAGGUGAUGCCAUCAAAUCGCUUAUGACUGAAUACUUGGAUUCAAAAUCCACUGCAGCUCUGGAUUGGUCUGAUCCUAUUCCUUUAGUUGAAAGUUAUCACCGGGAUUCACGAUACCUUAAAGUUAUUGACGCCUUCAAUGAAUUUAAAGAGAUAUCUCAAUGUAUCAUUGAAGGUUUAGAUCAAAUGAUAAAAAAAGAAUACAUCCGCGCGCUCGGUCAUUUUUAUAAAGCUUUAGAACUUGAAGAAUCAUGGCUAAACCAGAUAACGUUUAGUAGCGAAUUCAUGGUUAAUGUAGAGUCAUUACGACGAACCAAUUUUAUUAUCUCAUAUGUGAAAAUUUGUUUAAAGGCCAAGAGGAGUGAAUUAUUCGAACAGGCUAUUCGAGAUGCUACAUUUGUCCUAAAAACGUUUACAGUUUUUGUUAAAAAUUGUAGAACGGAUGUUUUAUUUAAUGAGUUUUUACAGGAAUGGACUAGUAUACAAUCAUUAGCAGAUAAAAUGCAUGAAAACUUGAUUUCAGAAUUGAUCAGAGAAUACAUUUCAGUUAUAGAAACUAAUGAUGGAGAUGAAUCAAGUCCUCUGUUUAAAUAUCCGGAUGAAAUUGUCAUGGAUAGUGAUCCUAUAUUAUGUGAAAGGUAUGAAAGACUAACAUGGAGAUGUAAAGAAGUCUUUAAAAAAUAUAAUUCACCUGAUCCGAAAAGUUGA